CAAAAGUCAGAUGCUUAACCAACUGAGCCACCUAGGCGCCCCUCAGAUUUUGUAUUUCUGUAGAAAUCUGUAGUGUAUUGUAAGUACUAUAUAGAUCCCAAUGUGCAGAAAACAAUCUGAAUUUCGGAUAGCCAAGUAAAUGAUCAUGGACUUCUCUAAACUGACUGUAUGAAAUGGUAGAUUUUCUGAACUUAGAAGGAAGUAUGUUAUUCCUGGUUAUCAGAUUAAAAAAACCUUUGAAAUUGUUUUCCUGGAAGACUUUGGAGGCUAUUCUCAGUUUUGAGAAACUGAAUUUUUAGUGUCUUGGCCUUUUGAGAGACUGUGUAGUCCAAAUUAACAGAAAUUUACUUCAUAUACUUUAGUCUGGCAGGCAUAAACUAGUUAGACACCGGAUAUACAAAGUUGCACAGGACAGUCUCUAGUGGAGGAAAUAACUUCAUCAUAGUGCUGAGUGCUGAGAUGGCGUUAAGAUGCACUGGGAGUGCUUGGCCAAGCCAAAGCCCUCAUAUAGAAAUUCCUGAGUUUUAAUGAGAGAAGGGGUUAACCAGACAAGGAGGGAAGAAGGAGGGCAUUCCAGGUUGAGUGCAAGAGCAUGAAUAAAGAUAGUGAGGAACAAAAUAGCUAAGAACUAAAAGUAAUUUAGUUUUAUUAGGUCAUGAAGUAUAAAGUGGGGAGCUGUGGGAUUUCACAAGCAAUGCUAAGGAGCUUGGGUUUUAUGUGGUAUUUUCUCAGUCUUCCACUAAUGUACAGCUAAGGUCACUGGAGAUUGAAUACAUGCUUUCGAAGUAAGGGAACAAAGUCCACAUGGACCUCCUGCAUGUUUGAAAUUUCUCUUAAGACUGGUGUUUUAGGCCAUGUUGGGACAGAGCAUCCGGAGGUUCACAACCUCUGUGGUCCGUAGGAGCCACUAUGAGGAAGGCCCAGGGAAGAAUUUGCCAUUUUCACUGGAAAACAAGUGGCGAUUAUUACUUAUGAUGACUUUGUACUUGGGAUCUGGAUUUGCUGCACCUUUUUUUAUAGUAAGACAUCAGCUGCUUAAGAAACAAGGAUGUUUUAAUUAAUUCAUCAAACAGAUGUGAAAAGGAACAUUUUAAGAGGUGCAGUCUCUUUCAAAAAUGGAUCAAACUCUUUUCAACAUACUCAAUAUGUUUGUAAAUAAACUUAUGGCAUGA